CCGCAACAGCGGGUGACGAGAAGGGGCCACGAUGGGAAAAGGGGAGGCGAUGUGAUGCGACAGGGACGGUGGCAAGGACUGCAGGUGCUGCUGGCGCAUCUGUCGCGGUUGGCGCUGGUUUGCAUCACUGUCGCGGUUGGUGCUGGUCGGCGCGGAUGUCGCUGCUGGUGCUGGUCGUUGGCGGAUGGCGGCUGGUUCGAAGGCGGAUCCGUUGGCUCGCAGGCUGGUGGGUCCUUCGGCGGGUGA